UUUUUUUUUUUUUUUUUUUAUUUAAUGGAUUCACUUGAUACUCCUCCGUCACUCUCAGCACCGUCCAACAUGACGGUCGGAGUACCGACGGCGUAUUCGCCAGGCAUGUCCAACGCCAACAACAAUGCCUCUUCCACGCUUGGUCUAAAUCCGGCUACGGCACAGAUGAUACCGCCUUCUGCGCGAUUUCCGUUUAACUCUGUGAUCGCCCCUGCGUCCGUGCCUUUGGAUUCUAUGAAUGUUUCUCCGUACGACGGAUCUCAUUCUGGGAGUUUCAACGCUGAUUCGGGGAAGAAGAAGAGAGGCCGGCCGAGGAAGUACACGCCUGAUGGUAACAUUGCCUUAGGCUUAGCACCUACCACUAUGGCGUCUUCUGUCGGUCACGGGGAUCUGAGCGGUACUCCUGAUUUGGAGCAGCCGGCGAAGAAAGCGAGGGGAAGGCCACCAGGCUCGGGGAAGAAACAGAUGAAUGCUAUUGGAUCAAGCGGUGUUGGUUUUACUCCUCACGUAGUAUGGGCGAAGCCUGGUGAGGACGUAGCAGCAAAAAUUUUGGCCUUCUCACAGCAAGGACCACGAACUGUCUUCAUUCUCUCUGCAAAUGGUUCCAUCAGUAAUGCUACUCUUCGACACUCAAUGACAUCUGGUGGUUCUGUGACAUAUGAGGGGCAGUAUGAGAUAAUCUCUCUGUCAGGCUCCUUUAUGCUCUCGGAGAAUAAUGGAACUCGAAGUAGAACAGGCGGUUUGAGUGUGUUGCUGGCUGGGUCAGACGGACAGGUUCUUGGUGGUGGAGUUGCAGGAAUGCUAAUGGCAAGUUCCCAAGUACAGGUGGUUGUGGGAAGUUUUCUCGAGAAUGAUAAAAAGUCCAACAACACAGGUAUGCUGAAUUCUGGAUCUUCUGCUUCACCAUCUCAAAUGAUAAACUUUGGUGGUGCAGCAGCAGCAGCAGCGGCCAGCCCUCCAUCGUUAGGGGCAUCGAGUGGCGAGUCGUCUGCCGACAACGGAGGCAGCCCUCUUAACAACAGGCAUCCCGGAAUGUUCAGUAAUAGCAGCCAGCCAAUUCACAACAUGCAGAUGUACCACCAAUUGUGGGCAGGCCAAACACAGCAGUGAGGAUUUAUUUUGCAACUAACAGUGAGAAGUGCAUUAGGAUGAUGAUGAUGAUGCUCUUCAGUCUACACACAUUCAACAUCGUUUUGUGAAUCUAACUUUCGCAAUUAAUUACCAAAAGUAUUUUAUAGAGGGGCUUAUGUUUAUUUAUUUAGGUAAUUAUUAAGAAAGAUUAUUAUUUCAA